ACCCAAACCCAAACCCAAACCCAAACCCAAACCCAAACCCAAACCCAAACCCAAACCCAAACCCAAACCCAAACCCAAACCCAAACCCAAACCCAAACCCAAACCCAAACCCAAACCCAAACCCAAACCCAAACCCAAACCCAAACCCAAACCCAAACCCAAACCCAAACCCAAACCCAAACCCAAACCCAAACCCAAACCCAAACCCAAACCCAAACCCAAACCCAAACCCAAACCCAAACCCAAACCCAAACCCAAACCCAAACCCAAACCCAAACCCAAACCCAAACCCAAACCCAAACCCAAACCCAAACCCAAACCCAAACCCAAACCCAAACCCAAACCCAAACCCAAACCCAAACCCAAACCCAAACCCAAACCCAAACCAAAACCCCAACCAAACCCAAACCCAAACCCAAACCCAAACCCAAACCCUGAUAUCAACUAUACCAAUCUUUAUGAAAUUGAUACAUGUAAAAGUAAUCAACAUCAUAAGAAACUUAAUAAAAACAUCAAUUAUUCAGAUAUCGAAGAUCUCCAAGAGUUACGAUACAAGACUUUAAAUUAUACAUUUAAUAAUUAA